CUACCGCCCACGACAGCCCCAGAGACAGCUGGCAGCGGGCGCUCGCUGCUGCAAGCCCAUCAAGGCGCGCUUCCAGAAGCCCCCGCGCGCUCCGGGGUUUGAAACGGACGGCACAUGCGCAAAGCGUACGGCGCCGCCCAAUAGGAGAUUUCAUUUUGUUUGAGACUGGAUACAGUUGAAACCAAACCAUCUACCAAGGAGAGGAUAUGAUGGCUAAGAAGCCCCCAAAACCAGCCCCUCGCAGGAUUUUCCAGGAAAGGUUAAAGAUUACUGCUCUACCCUUGUACUUUGAAGGUUUUUUAUUAGUUAAGCGUUCAGCAUACCAGGAGUAUAAACAUUACUGGACAGAGCUGAGAGGAACUACACUUUUCUUUUAUACCGACAAAAAAAGUACAAAAUAUGUUGACAAAUUAGACCUAAUAGACCUCACAGGUCUUACUGGCCAGACUUCAACUGAAAAGAACUGUGCAAAGUUCACCCUUGUUUUGCCAAAAGAGGAAGUGGAACUGAAGACAGAGAACACAGAAAGCGGGGAACAAUGGAGAGGAUUCAUUCUCACAGUAUCAGAGUUAUCAGUUCCUCAACACGUGUCGCUCCUACCUGGGCAAGUAAUCAGACUGCAUGAAGUACUAGAGAGAGAAAAGAAAAGGAGGAUUGAGACAGAGCAGAGGCUGAGUAUGGCUGUGGAAAAAGAGAAGGAACCAAUUGAAGAUUAUGUGGAUGUACUGAACACUAUGCCCACAUGCUUUUACACAGUUUCCCGGAAGGAAGCCACGGAGAUGCUGGAGAAGCACCCUUCCUGGGGCAACAUGAUCCUGAGGCCCGGCAGUGACAGCAGAAACUACUCCAUCACCAUCCGGCAGGAGAUAGACAUGCCAAGAAUCAAGCACUAUAAAGUGAUGAGCGUAGGAAAAAACUACACUAUUGAACUGGAAAAACCUGUAACACUCCCAAACCUUUUCAGUGUCAUUGAUUAUUUUGUGAAGGAAACUCGAGGAAAUUUGAGACCAUUUAUAUACUCAUCAGAUGAAAACCUUGGCCAAGAACCCAAUGUAGAGGGAAGAAUUGAGAAGCUGAAGAAAAUUCCACACAAUGAAUGAAAGAGAAUAUGCAACCUACCUUCAUGUAUCCUGGUUAAUUCCUAUUUUCAAAAGGAAGAUUUCACUUUUAAGGAAAAUCUGUUUUCCUGAGCUUUACCACCAAAUCAUUCACUGUAGCAUACAAUUUUAUCAUAUCAGAAUGAAACCAGUUCACUGGAAAACAACAGAAUGGCUGUGGGACUAACUCGGAGAUACAUGUGCUGCCAUGCACUGAUAUAAGCUAAAAGAUAUACUACAUUCUAAGUGGACUUUUUAUUUUCUUAGGUUUCAACUAAAUGUAUUUCCUCUAUAUAAUUCCCACAGUAGAUUCUUUAGUCCUCCUAAAUCCUACCAAUUCCCAAGAAAUCUCACUAGGUUUUACAGAAAUCUAACUUGACAAAUUAUUAAGUUAAAAGCCAGAGACACAAAAUGUACUAGAAGUUUUCCAACGGAAAUUCUCUAUGCCACAUUUUGAUGAAAUAAAUGAAAUUUACAUA